UUAGGUUCUUAAUAGCUAAGAAAUGGGAUGGUUAAGGUCGUAUCUGCCAGUGAUGGGUAUGGUGCUGAAUCAGUUCAUUUAUGCAGGAGUUAGUCUCAGCACAAGACUUGUUUUCUCAGCAGGAAUGAGUCCAAGGGUGUUUGUGGUUUAUCGCCAUGUUCUUGCAACCAUUGUAAUUGCUCCAUUAGCUUAUUUCUCACGCAGAAAUUCUGGCUCCUAUUACUUAAACUUGAAGAGUUUCUCAUGGAUAUUCUUGAUCUCCUUCAUAGGCAUUGUCUUGAAUCAAAAUUUCUUUUGCGAGGGUUUAUACCUGACAAAUUCUUCGGUGGCAAGUGCAAUGGUGAAUCUUGUUCCAGCAGUAACAUUUGUGAUAGCAACUUGUGCAGGAAUGGAGAAAGUGAACAUUCGAAGCUGGAGAUCUAUAGCGAAGAUAGUAGGAACAGUGAUAUGUGUGAGUGGAGCAGUGUCCAUAGCUUUGUUAAAGGGUCCAAAGCUUCUAAAUGCAGAAAGCCUGCCAUCAAAAUCCAUCACCAUGGCUUCAUCACAAGCUGAUAAUUGGUUACUGGGCUGUCUGUUUCUCACUGCAUGCUGCUGUUCUUGGUCAAUCUGGCUCAUUUUGAUGGUUCCUGCCUCUAAAAGCCACCCAGAUCCCUUGUCCUUUUCAGCUUGGAUGUGUUUUAUGGCAACUCUGCAGUCAACGUUAGUGGCAUUAGUGUUGGAACAAGAUCCACUUGCAUGGAAGAUUAAUUCUCUACUUGAAUUUGGUUCUGCUAUGUAUGCAGGAGUUAUGGGAUCUGCAGUAACAUUCUUUAUCCAAGCAUGGUGCAUCUCACUGGCAGGUCCUCUUUUCAGUGCAAUGUUCAAUCCUCUUAUGGUAGUCAUUGUCACCAUAUUGGCUCCUUUAUUACUACAUGAGCAAGUAUACUUUGGAAGCUUGAUUGGGUCAAUAGCAGUGAUAAUUGGGUUAUAUAUUGUGCUAUGGGGUAAAGCUGAAGAAGUUGUGGUGCUGAAUGUUAAGACAGAUUCAGAAUCAAUGCUUAAUCCCACAGAGCAAGUCAAAAUAUCCAUAGCAUGUUCUAAAGCCAAUUUGGAAGAACCUCUUCUAUCUGCUCAUUCUCCUUCACAUAAUUAAAUUAAGCAAA